UCUGCCGACCGGGGCGAAAUGGCGGCCGCGGCGGCUUGGCGGGCCUGGCGACCUCUGCGGGCGCUCCGCUCGGGGCCAGCAGCUCGCCCGGCUUUUCCUCGUAACUUUCAUUUCACAGUUUAUGGAAAGAAAAGUGCAUCUGCUAAAGUAUCUGAUGCAAUUUCAACUCAGUAUCCUGUUGUGGACCAUGAAUUUGAUGCUAUUGUGGUGGGAGCAGGCGGUGCAGGUCUACGAGCUGCCUUUGGUUUGUCUGAGGCUGGCUUCAAUACAGCAUGUGUUUCCAAGCUUUUCCCUACCAGAUCCCAUACUGUCGCUGCACAGGGAGGAAUCAAUGCUGCUCUGGGGAAUAUGGAAGAGGAUAAUUGGCGAUGGCAUUUCUAUGAUACCGUGAAAGGCUCAGACUGGCUGGGAGACCAGGAUGCCAUUCAUUACAUGACAGAGCAGGCACCUGCUUCAGUGAUUGAGCUGGAGAACUACGGCAUGCCAUUUAGCAGGACAGAAGAAGGAAAGAUCUACCAGCGGGCCUUUGGGGGGCAGAGCCUUAAGUUUGGGAAAGGGGGGCAGGCCCAUCGCUGCUGCUGCGUGGCUGACAGGACAGGCCACUCCCUGCUGCAUACCCUCUAUGGCCGGUCUCUUAGAUAUGAUACCACUUACUUUGUGGAAUAUUUUGCCUUGGAUCUCCUUAUGGAAAAUGGAGCAUGUCAUGGUAUCAUUGCACUUUGCAUAGAAGAUGGCACAAUACAUCGUUUAAGAGCAAAGAAUACGGUCAUCGCCACUGGAGGGUACGGGCGCACGUACUUCAGCUGCACAUCUGCUCACACCACCACUGGAGAUGGCACCGCAAUGGUCACGCGGGCUGGCCUUCCCUGCCAGGACUUGGAGUUCGUGCAGUUCCAUCCUACAGGAAUCUAUGGGGCUGGUUGCCUUAUUACAGAAGGCUGUCGUGGUGAGGGGGGCAUUCUUAUUAACAGUGAAGGUGAAAGGUUCAUGGAGAGAUACGCACCAGUCGCCAAGGAUCUGGCUUCAAGGGAUGUUGUGUCUCGUUCUAUGACCAUUGAGAUCCGCGAAGGAAGAGGGUGUGGUCCCGAGAAAGACCACGUGUACCUGCAGUUGCACCACCUGCCACCUCAGCAGCUGGCAAUGCGUCUUCCAGGGAUCUCAGAAACUGCAAUGAUAUUUGCUGGGGUGGAUGUCACCAAAGAGCCAAUUCCUGUCCUGCCCACAGUGCAUUACAACAUGGGAGGGAUUCCUACAAAUUACAAAGGACAGGUGAUCACCCAUGUCAAUGGCCAAGAUCAGGUAGUGCCAGGCUUGUAUGCCUGUGGUGAAGCAGCUUCUGCAUCGGUCCACGGGGCCAAUCGCCUGGGAGCAAACUCUCUUUUGGACUUGGUGGUCUUUGGCCGUGCCUGUGCGCUUAGUAUUGCGGAAUCCUGCAAACCUGGAGAGCCAGUUCCAUCAAUUAAACCAAAUGCGGGUGAAGAAUCUGUUGCAAACCUGGACAAAUUGCGCUUUGCCAAAGGAAACCUACGGACUUCCGAACUGCGGCUUAAUAUGCAGAAGACAAUGCAAAGUCACGCUGCUGUGUUCCGCACAGGCUCGAUCCUACAGGAGGGUUGUGAGAAACUGAGUAGCAUCUAUAGAGAUUUGGAUGAUCUGAAGACAUUUGACAGAGGGAUAGUCUGGAAUACAGACUUGGUGGAGACCUUGGAACUUCAAAACCUGAUGCUCUGUGCUUUACAAACAAUUUAUGGUGCCGAAGCUCGGAAAGAGUCACGUGGCGCUCAUGCAAGGGAGGACUACAAGGUUAGGAUUGAUGAAUAUGACUAUUCCAAACCAAUCCAAGGACAACAGAAGAAACCAUUUGAGCAGCACUGGAGAAAGCACACCCUCUCCUAUGCAGAUGUCAGGACUGGGAAGGUUACUUUGGACUACAGACCUGUAAUUGACAAAACACUAAAUGAAGAAGAUUGUGCCACAGUUCCACCUGCUAUUCGUUCCUAUUAGUGAUUUAUUCUCUUUUUUAUUCACAUUUUGUUGUCUGGAAGUUGCUUGGUAUAGAUAAACAUCCUGCUAGACAACUGAUAUCCACAGUAGGGAAUGAAACUCUGUUAACUCCAAGAGUCUGUUCCAUAGCUUUAUUCUGGCUCAUCACUUUGUGUGUGAUAAAACCGAACAAUAUUCAGCGCAUGCCUCAAUAAAGUAAUCUUAGAGGACAUACACAUGCAAGUCACUUGCUGGCUUUCUUUGGGUAUCUCUAGCUCUUUGUAUUGAUUUUCUUAAAGUGAAACAUUUAAAAGGCUAAAUGCAAUUGAAGGGUAAAGGUACCAUCAAGAAAAAACCUAAAUGCAAUUUGGUUAUUGAGAAUGAGUUUCUCUGUUGAAAUGAAACAUCAUUUUAGGGCUCAAUCCAGUAUAAUUAAUCAUGCUUAAGCUACUGGAUGGUUGCCUUAGUUUUUUAUAUACUUCUCCAUUGUACACUGUUUAAUUAUUAUACCUGUGGCAAUUCUUGCAUGGAUUGUGAAGUUAAAAACAAAAACCAAUAGCAGACAGGUGAAAGGUUUGUAGGGCUUCUGUGUAACACCUAAAUAUUUGCAGAAACCAUUUGUUCUCCUUUGUCAAGGAACAGAAUAUACUGUUGAGACUGUGGGAGUUAACUAUUACCAUAUUACAUAGUAAUAGUCUUAACAGAUAUAUUAAAAAUCAAUUCAGGAUAAGAAAGGGCUGUUGGGAAUAUAUCUCUAGAAAGUGCAGACUGGAUCUGUCAGAGGUGUAAUGCCAGCAGUUUUGAGCUUUAGAACAUGGAAUGUAUAUGUUAAAAGUUUUUCUCCUAAAUAUAUUUUGUUCUGUUAUUUAAUGCAUAUUAUAGUAAUUGUAAUUUCAAUUUUGUAUUUAUACAAAUUCAGCAUAUUAAGCAAGAAAAAAAAUCUAAGUACAAUUUGUGUAAGCUUGA